AUGAGUUACAUCCCACAGCUUUUGGGCUCCUUCACCAACUUAAGAUAUCUCGAUCUCUCCAACUCUUUUUUCUCAUGUAGGAUUCCUCCCACACUUGGAAAUCUCUCACAAAUAGGCUAUCUGGAUCUUGGGGAUAAUUAUAUUUCGGGACACAUUCCUCUUCAGAUUGGGAAUCUCAAACACUUACACUAUCUUGAUCUUGGAGGAUUUUAUCUUUCUGGACAAAUUCCUAUUCAAAUUGGGAAUCUCAGAAAGCUACAAUAUCUCAGUAUUGGAGGUAACACUUUUAUAUACAGAAGGCAUAUGGAAAACUAUAUUUCAAAUUCCCUUUCUGGAGCAAUCCCUUUUCGCAUAGGGAAUCUUCCACUAUUGCAUACUCUUCGACUAGGUGGCAAUUUUUACAUGAAAGCUAAGGAUGCAAAAUGGUUAUCAACUCUCCAUUCCUUAAGCAUUCUUGAGCUGAGUUCAAUGCAUAGACUUAGUUCCUCUCACCAGUGGCUACAAAGUCUUAGUAAGCUCAUUCCAAACUUAACAGAGCUGAGGCUAGUUGACUGUAAUCUUUCGGAUAAUGAUAUUCGAUCUUUGUUCUUUUCUCGUUCCUUUAACAUUUCCACUUCUCUUACCAUUUUAGAUCUCUCUUCUAACAUCUUGACAUCAUCAACACUUCAACUCUUGUUUAACUUUGGCCUUCAUCUUCAAGAACUACAUCUUUCUCACAAUAAUAUAGCCUUGUCUCCUUCUCUUCGUCUAAAUUUUCCAUCUCUUAAGUUCCUCGACCUCUCUUACAGUAAUCUUGAGUCAUCAAUGUUUCUGGCUAAUUUCAAUAUUAGCUCCAAACUACAAAAGCUUCAUCUUGUAAACUGCAGCAUUAUAGAUAGAAGUUUUCUCGUUUCUUCUACAUCGAAUGCCUUCUCUUCUCUUUCUUACCUUGAUCUCUCCCAUAACUUAGUAAAAGCAUGCUCUGUAUUUUAA